UAGCUUUCUUUGGGCGGAGUGUUUAAAGUCAAGUGUAGUUCACCACUGGCAAAGUUUGCAACAACAGAUACAAAAUGCUGGAAAACAAAAUAAUAAAUUUAACAGUGCGCGACGUAAGAUUCCCGACGUCUCUGGAACAACAUGGAUCGGAUGCAAUGCACACCGAUCCAGAUUACUCAGUCGCAUAUGUUGUUCUCGACACGGACUCGGACGCUGCACUGAAGGGUUAUGGCUUGACUUUUACUGUAGGAAGAGGGACGGAAAUAGUGGUGUGUGCAGUUAAAGCCUUAUCUACUCUGGUGGUGGGGAAGACUUUGAAGGAGAUAGUGAGUGACUUCAGAGGCUUCUACAGACUCCUGAGCAGUGAUGGUCAGAUGAGAUGGGUUGGACCAGAAAAAGGAGUAAUUCAGCUGGCGACAGCAGCCAUUCUGAAUGCUGUCUGGGAUUUAUGGGCACGAGUGGAGGGCAAGCCCUUGUGGAAGCUACUUGUAGACAUGGAUCCAGCCAAGUUGAUCAGCUGUAUUGAUUUUAGAUACAUCACAGAUGCACUGACUGAGCAGGAAGCUUUAGAUAUAUUGGUAAAAGCAAAAAAGGGUCAGAAAGGUAGAGAGGAGCAGAUGUUAAAGGAAGGCUAUCCUGCCUACACCACUUCCUGUGCCUGGCUGGGAUACACUGAUCAACAACUAACCCAGCUCUGCUCUGAAGCUCUUGCCCAAGGCUGGACUAAAUUUAAAGUGAAGGUUGGGGCUGAUUUGCAGGAUGACAUCCGUAGAUGCAGCCUUAUCCGGAAGUUGAUUGGACCAAACAACACCCUGAUGAUUGAUGCCAACCAACGUUGGGAUGUUAAUGAAGCGAUUACUUGGGUAACCAAGCUGGCAGAAUUUCACCCUCUAUGGAUUGAGGAACCCACAUGUCCUGAUGAUGUUUUAGGCCAUGCUUCCAUCUCUAAGGCACUUGCACCCUUGGGUAUUGGAGUCGCCACUGGAGAGCAGUGCCAUAACAGAGUGAUGUUUAAGCAGUUUCUCCAGGCCUCAGCUCUACAGUUUGUUCAGAUUGACAGUUGUCGGGUGGGCAGUGUGAAUGAGAACCUUGCCAUCAUACUCAUGGCUGCCAAGUUUAAUGUUCCUGUGUGUCCUCAUGCCGGGGGUGUGGGACUGUGUGAGCUUGUUCAGCACCUUAUUUUAUUUGACUACAUUUCAGUGUCUGCUAGUUUAAAUAAUAGGAUGUGUGAGUAUGUGGAUCACCUUCAUGAACAUUUCAAAAGCCCCACCAUCAUCAGAAAUGCCGCCUACAUACCACCAAAGGACCCUGGAUACUCUUGUGAAAUGCUGGAAGAGUCUGUGCAAAAACAUCAGUAUCCUGAGGGUGAGGUUUGGAGAGCCAUAGAACAGCAGGGGAAACAAUAAAUAUGAACACAUACUGUAUGUGUAACUGACUGCGCUGGAAAUAACAGAACUACUUCCAU